AUGUUUUGUUUCUCAGGAGGUUUCCGAUCUUUGAAUCAGGCUCAGAAAGAGCCAAAGGAAGACGAAGCUUUCCAACAACAGAGGCAAGCCAACAUUGCCGAAGUUGCCAGAAUAAAAAAUGAAAAGAAAAAGAUAUUUGGUGGUGGAAAACAGAUUCUCGAUGGUGAUAUUGCCCAACUAAUGGGCAAGGGCUUCUCAGUAGACCAAGCUACAUCAGCUUUGAAGAAUCAUGGGGGAGACUUGGGAGCUGCUUUGUCAUCUCUCUAUAUUAACAACAAGUUUUCUGGUGGACAGAAUAAUGAAAGCAGGAAUACACAAUCGUCUAGAAUAGACCAGAAUAAAAGAAGAGAGAAAAAAAAUGAAGAGACAGAUGUUGUUCAGAGCAGACCAUCUGGACCUACAACUCUUUUUGAAUUCCUUCAAAACCAGAUACCCUUGUCUGAUGAACCUGAAAACAGUGCAUUUUCAUCUUCAAGUGCAAACAGUAAUCGCUCCUCCAAGCCCUCGGCAACAGUCAUGAACAACUCGCCAACAUGCGGUGAACAGCAAAGGUUCAGAGUAGAUUCAGGAAGAUCAUAUAAGGAUGGAUUAUCCAAUGAUAAAAGGAAAUUUCAGGGGAAGGACAGUGGAGCUGUAAGGUAUCCAAACCAAAGAAAUAGUUACUCAGGACAACAGCAAGACAUGCAUAGGAGCAAGCCUCCUUACAACCAACCUGCUCCUUCUAACAACAGGGGGCAGACAUGGCAGGACAACUAUUAUUCAAGUAAAAUAUCGGAUAAUAGCUCAAAGAAAAGUAAUGAAAGUGCCACCAAUGUUAACAAAACAAAUAACCCAAAACAAGGUGAAAGAAGAAGUACUAAAGGCUCCUUUCGUGGUGAGGCAAACAGUACUGAACCAAACCAGAGAGCUUUUAGUAAUGGUGUAAAAAGUCAGCCUCGUACAACCCCACCUCAAUCGGGGGAGAAGGUGUUAGCCAGGUACUGGGAAGAUGGGAA